AUGUACCAGGCCAGCAAUGUGUAUUUCAUCUGCGGCUUUGCCGCCAUUGGCGGCGGUCUCUUUGGCUUUGACAUCAGUUCGAUGUCUGGGGUCCUCGGCACGCAGGCUUACAAGCGUUACUUCGGCAAUCCCGUCUCGUACUCCCAGGGCGGCAUCACGGCGGCAAUGCCCGCGGGCAGUUUGGUCGGCUCGUUGAUGUCGUCCUUCCUCGCCGACAAGUAUAGCCGAAAGGUGGCACUACAGAUUUCGUGCGUUCUGUGGAUCAUCGGAUCCAUCUUGAUGUGCGCGUCGCAGAAUAUUGGCAUGCUCGUCGUGGGCCGGGUCAUUUGCGGGCUGUGUGUCGGUAUUGCGUCUUCCAUAGUCCCCGUGUAUCAAUCGGAGCUCGCACCGAAGGAGAUCAGAGGGCGCGUGGUUUCUCUGCAGCAGUGGGCCAUUACUUGGGGUAUUCUGAUCCAGUACUUCAUCCAGUUUGGCGCUGCCGAGGGCAUUGACGGCGGAUCUAAGGACCCAAACCAGGGGACGGCAGCCUUCCGCAUCCCCUGGGGUGUCCAGAUGGUCCCAGCCUUCAUCCUCCUCAUCGGCUUGUUCUUCUUCCCCUAUAGCCCGAGAUGGCUCGCUUCCAAGGACCGGUGGGAGGAGGCGCUCCAGGUGCUUGCCCACGUCCACGGCAAAGGGGAUGUGAACCACCCUAAGGUGCUUGCCGAGUACCAAGAAAUUGAGGAGGCGUUGCGGUUCGAGCGGGAGCAAGCUACCUCCUCGUUCAAGACGCUUAUUGCGCCGAGGAUGUUCAAGCGCGUGCUUCUUGGAAUGAGUAUUCAGAUGUGGUCGCAACUGUGCGGGAUGAACGUGAUGAUGUACUACAUCGUCUACAUCAUGGAGGGUGCCCAUGUCGCUUCACCCCUUGCCACCGCCUCGAUUCAGUAUGUGAUCAAUGUCGUCCUAACGCUUCCCGCCAUCCUCUUCCUCGACAAAUGGGGCCGCCGUCCGUCCUUGAUUCUGGGUUCGUUCGGCAUGAUGAGUUGGCUCUUCACGUCUGGUGCGCUCCAGCAGUACUACGGCCAGCCCAACACAGACCUUACUCGCACCCCCGAAAACAGCGACAUCACCUGGAUCGUGCUCAACAAUCGCCCCGUCUCCAACGGCAUCAUUGCUUGCUCUUACCUCUUCGUCGCCACUUUCGCCACAACCUGGGGUCCAGUCUCCUGGACAUAUCCCGCAGAGAUCUAUCCUAGCAAACUCCGUGCCAAGGCAGUUUCGCUGUCGACGGCCGCCAACUGGUUCUGGAACAUGGUGCUGGCCUUCGCCGUGCCCCCCCUGCUGUGGAAUAUCUCGUACAAGAUGUACUACAUCUUUGGCGCAUUCAACGCGGCCGCCUUCAUUCACAUGACCCUGUUUGCGCCCGAGACCAAGGGGUACACGCUCGAGGAGAUGGAUGACGUGUUCGAUUCGGGAUUGCCCGCGUGGAAGAAGCAUCAGAAGCGGAGUAGGCUGGAGGAGUUGCAGAGGGAGAUUGAGGCCGGCAACCUGAAGGUGAGUUUGAUGCCAUUGGAGCCAGGGUUGGGGGUUGAAGUUUGUGGGUGUGACGGCUAG